GCGGCCGGCGCCAUCUUUGUGAGGGGCAAGGAUUUUUUUUUGUUUGAAAAGAACUCAACUAACGAACACCAAUACCGUUAAAACAAACCGUUUCUUUAAAAGAAAAAUCGGCGAAAAUUUACCCGACGUCACACAAAAUCGAGGGAGGGCGUCGUUAGUAAAGAUCUUUGGUCGUUAGUGUUGUGCUGGGGGCGACCGCCCCGGAUAUGAUGAGUGAGCGGAUGCCGCUGCCGUUGCUGCUGCUGCCGCCGGGCCGAGGUGACAGUUGCCGCCUCUCCGGCACAGAGGAGGAGGAGGGAGUGGGCAUGGGGUGUGAGCGGCUGGGCUACUGAGGUGGCUGACGGAGCAGCGGGCUAGCUGGGACUGGGUUUGUCGUGGGUGGGUCCGUACCUGCAGUCACUCCCGUCUCUCGGCCGCUGAGCCGCUGCCGGAGCAGCAUGGACGACCUGAGCACCAUCGGCCUGCUCUCCCUCGCCAUGCUGGUCGGCUGUUACGUGGCAGGCACCAUCCCCAUGGCCUUCAACUUCUCCGAGGAAAGGUUGAAGGUGGUGACAGUUCUUGGUGCUGGCCUUCUAUGUGGCACUGCCUUAGCAGUCAUCAUUCCAGAGGGGGUUCAUGCCCUCUAUGAGGAAGCUCUUCAUGGUAAACACCCCCAUGCAGACGAAGUGGGGAAAGUGGAGGAUACAUUAAAGGUGGGACAGCUGGAGGAGGCUAAACAGGAUCACGAGCACAUUGCGUUGCACGCAUACAUUGGUGUUUCGCUCGUCCUUGGAUUUGUGUUUAUGCUCAUUGUGGAUCAGAUUGGGAGUUCUCAUAUGCACUCCAGUGAUGAUCCUGAAGUAGCAAGAACAGCAAAUACCAAGUUUACCACUACACUUGGCCUGGUGGUUCAUGCAGCAGCGGAUGGCAUUGCAUUGGGUGCAGCAGCUUCCACAUCACAGACAAGUGUACAGUUGAUUGUAUUUGUAGCUAUCAUGUUGCAUAAAGCUCCUGCUGCUUUUGGUCUGGUUUCUUUCCUUAUGCAUGCGGGGCUCGAAAGGAAUCGAAUCAGGAAACACCUACUGGUAUUUGCUUUGGCAGCACCACUGCUCUCCAUGGUCACUUACCUGGGCCUGAGUAAGAGCAGUAAAGAAGCUCUUUCAGAAGUGAAUGCCACUGGAAUCGCCAUGCUGUUUUCAGCAGGAACUUUCCUCUACGUAGCCACCGUGCACGUUCUUCCGGAGGUGGGUGGCACUGGCCACAGUCACAAGACUGAAUCAGGAGGGAAGGGACUCAGUCGAAUCGAGGUUUGCACCCUUGUCCUAGGGUGCUUGAUCCCAUUAAUAUUGUCAGUGGGUCACCAGCAUUAACCAGCUGCAGUCCAGCAGCAAGCCAGAUAAUAAGGGUCGGCCAGCACGCCCAUGAUGGUUGGCAACAUCAUUAUUCGCGCUGGGAGAUGGUCCCUUCAUUUUUCCCAUGACAAUCCAAGUGAUGGUUUGGAAAUAAAAAUGAAGUGAAAUUUAGCUGUGCUGUAAAUAAGUUGAAAGUAAUUCUGGAAAUGUAGCCACUUUGAAAAGUGAGUCUUGUUCAAUUAUCAACAGAGCUUGAAAUCUCUGAACUUGUUUCAUUUAAAUGAGAGAAAGAAAAUUAAUCAAAGUGUCUAUUUGUAAAGGGCGAUGCACAGGCACUUACUAAAUUAACAAAGAACUUGGUCUGCAUUAGAGAUAAUCCAGGGCAUUAAUCAAGCCGCAGGAAUUAACACCAGGUUCAUGAAUAUGUGAAAUAUAAUUUUUACUGAAUUUUAUUCAUAAAUGUACAGUCUUAAAUAGUUUGUUAGCCUGUGUGCUUGGUGCCUGCUAGUUCCAUGUCUGUAGUGUUUAAAUGAUAGGAUUUUGACAGGGUAAUGUAUCUUGGAAAUUUUUUUUGUUCAAAGUGCUUUGUUAAUGUGUAUGGGGUAAGGAAAUUAAAAAAAAACGUCUGAAUCUUUCA